CUAUAUGGCCUAAUUAAUACUGCAGACUCAAGAAUGGUGAUCCCUUCACUUUCUCUCUCUCCCUCGCCUUCACUUACAGUAACCACCUUUCUUAUCACACCCAACUUAUACUUUCUGCAUUUCAUCACUAAACGACGUCGCUGCUUCCACAUUAAAAUGUUCACACCGCGUUACAACUAACUAACAGGUACUUGUACUUUUCUUCACUCAAAGCUAUUCUAAUUUUCUCUCUGCUUUGCGUCGCGUUAACACUACACAACACAAUCUAGGAGAUAAUGGAUCAACCGCGAUCGAACAACAUCGAUGAGAAUGUAGGGAUUCCAGACGAUUUACGCUGCAAGAGGUCAGAUGGCAAGCAAUGGAGAUGCACAGCUUUGUCGAUGCCAGAUAAGACAGUGUGUGAGAAGCACUACAUUCAAGCUAAGAAGAGAGCAGCGAAUUCCGCCAUGAGAGCUAACCUUAAAAAAGCUAAGAGUGAUGAUUUCGAUGCUCCACUUUCUACUACUUUUAAUAAUCACCGUUCUUCUUCUUCCUCUGGGAAGAAGUUCUUUGAUAAAGUUUCUAAGAAUCAGUUUCGUUAUACUCCCGAGGGUGCUGCCUCUGCACGUCAUGCUUCCAAUCAUGGUGAUGGUGACGAUUCUCCUGAUGGCGUUGACGUGGAUGUUGAUGUUGACGAUGAUGCCCCUCUCUAUGAAGAGAAUUGGGUCUCCGAUGAUUCGCCUGUUUCUGGCGAUGAUUCUGCUAAGAAAGCGUCGCACAUGAGCCUCGAUCCCAAUGCUACUACUGAAUGUUCUGAUGGAACGUCAGAUUCUUCUCAAGACACCGGAGGGCAGACUUGCCAUCAGUGCAGGAGGAGUUAUCGAAAUAGAGUUACUUGGUGCCUUAGGUGUGAUAGGAGAGGAUACUGUGAUAACUGUAUAUCAACAUGGUAUUCUGACAUUUCGUUGGAUGAACAUCAGAAGACAUGUCCUGCAUGUCGUGGUAUAUGUAAUUGUAAAAUUUGCUUACGCAGUGAUAAUUCAAUAAAGGUUCGGAUACGUGAGAUACCUGUACUGGAUAAGUUACAGUAUCUUCACUUGCUGCUCUCGUCGGUGCUUCCCGUGGUAAAGCAGAUCCAUCGUGAACAAUGUUUUGAAGUUGAACUUGAAAAGAAGUUGCGUGGGGCUGAAAUAGAUCUUCCGAGGACAAAAUUGAAUGCAGAUGAACAAAUGUGCUGCAAUUUAUGUAGGAUACCCAUCACUGAUUAUCACCGACGCUGUCCAAGUUGUUCAUAUGAUUUGUGCCUUAUUUGUUGUCGAGAUCUUCGGGAAGCUACUGUACAUCAGAGUAAAGAACCUCAACUAGAGCAAGCAAAAAAUACUGAUCGAAACAUAUUAAGUAAGUUCCCUCAUUGGAGAUCUAAUGAUAAUGGAAGUAUUCCAUGCCCCCCUAAGGAGUAUGGUGGUUGUGGUUUUUCAUCAUUAAAUUUAAGUCGAAUUUUCAAGAUGAAUUGGGUUGCAAAAUUGGUAAAAAAUGUGGAGGAAAUGGUUAGUGGAUGCAGAAUGAGUGACGCUGAUGGUCCACCAGAAACCGAGUUGAAUGCUCUCAGACUUUGCCAAUAUUCUCAAAGAGAGGCUAGCAAUGAUAAUCAUCUUUAUAAUCCAACAUCUGAAGAUCUCAAAACCGAUGGGAUUGGCAUGUUUAGAAUGCACUGGAAAACUGGUGAACCCAUUAUUGUGAAGCAAGUAUUUGAAAGGUCAUCCAUUUCAAGCUGGGACCCAUUGGUCAUAUGGAGAGGGAUUCUAGAGACAACGGAUGAGAAGAUAAAAAAUGAUAACAGAACGGUUAAGGCCAUAGAUUGCUUAGAUGGAUCUGAGAUUGAUAUUGAGCUCGGUCAGUUCAUGAAAGGAUAUUCUGAGGGGUGUUUUCAUGAAAAUGGUUGGCCACAAUUAUUGAAGCUGAAGGAUUGGCCUUCACCCAGUGCAUCUGAAGAAUUUCUUUUGUACCAAAGACCCGAAUUUAUCAGCAAACUGCCUUUACUUCAGUAUAUUCACUCCAAGUGGGGCCUUCUUAAUGUUGCAGCUAAAUUGCCUCAUUACUCCUUGCAAAAUGAUGUAGGACCCAAGAUCUAUAUAUCUUAUGGGAUUAGUGAUGAACUUGGCAGAGGUGAUUCUGUGACAAAACUCCACUUCAAUAUGCGUGACAUGGUUUACCUUUUGGUCCAUACAAGUGAAGUGAAGUUGAAGGAUUGGCAGAGAACUGAAGUUGAAAUGAUGCAAAAAACUUAUAAGGAAUCUGAGGCGAAAGAAUCUCACGGGGAUCCACAAAUAUGUUCUAAAGGGAGUUCACUUGAUUCAUCCCUUUGUACAAAAAUUAAUGGACUAGAUUUGGAAUCAGAUCAGAAAGAUUUUACUAUGGAUCAAGGAUUUGAAAUUUAUUCUGGCGCAGACGGGAAUAUGGUCAAUUGUGACCUUCCAUUAAGACAAAAUGGAGACGACUCUGAGAAAACACAUCCUGGAGUUCUUUGGGAUGUCUUUCGUCGGAAGGAUGUUUCAAAGGUGACUGAAUAUUUGAAAAUGCAUUGGAAGGAAUUUGAGAAGUCAGAUGAUACAGUAAGUGAAUUUGUUACAUGGCCUCUUUAUGAUGGAGCUAUUUUUCUUGACAGACACCAUAAAAGAAAGUUGAAGGAAGAAUUUGGAGUGGAGCCGUGGUCAUUUGAACAGAAUUUGGGGGAAGCUAUAUUUGUUCCUGCUGGGUGCCCUUUUCAAGCAAGAAAUGUUCAGUCCACUGUUCAGUUGGGCCUUGAUUUCUUGUCUCCUGAAAGCCUGGGGGAAGCUGUAAGAUUGGCAGAGGAAGUUCGCUGUCUACCUAAUGAACAUGAAGCAAAACAUCAAGUUUUGGAGGUUGGGAAGAUAUCUCUUUAUGCAGCAAGUUCAGCAAUCAAAGAAGUUCAGAAACUCGUUCUUGACCCGAAACUUGGCGGAGAGAUCGGAUAUGGAGACCCUAAUUUGACUGCAAUGGUUUCUGAGAAUUAUGAGAAGAUGUCUAAGCGGAGGCAGAUUACUUGUGCUUGAACAUCCAUCACAUUUAGCUCUGCCUCGAUUCAGGAAAGUGGUUAUGUAUAGUAAAUGUAUUUUGAGCAGUAUUUUACAGGCUGGUGGGUGGUAUGUUUCAGUGUAGUAGGUCAAAUACGUAGAUAAUUGUUUAAUGUGUAUAAAAGUUACGGACAUUAGAGAUAGAGAAUAUGUAAUGAGAGAUUCCAGAUGUGUAUUUAAUUUCAAAAAGUGGAAUAGAAACAUGUAAUAUAAACAAAGUCACAAAUUUGUUUCUAUUUGCC